GUCGUUUAUGAUCAAAUCCAACAUGGCUGACGCUUGAGCAACAGUCUUUAGAAAAAUAUUUAAAAUGAGCUAAAACGGCCCUGUGAUGAGCUAAAUUUCAGCAGGAGAAAAUGUGAAAAGACUAAUCUAUCCGUAAACUAUGUCCAAUACGAUGAGAGUUGCUGGUGUAUUCAUGCAGAGACAGUGCCACUGUCUAAAACAGAAAAGUACUUACAGUAAUUCAAUUGUUUUGAUAAAUAAAGUAACAAGACCCUCACUAUGUCAAGCUGGUGGAUUUCAACAGCGCUACUAUUUUCAUUCCUUACUUCGAUUGAAGUCUAAAAAUAUAAAACAAUUCAAGAUCUACAACAAAGAUAUAAAUGCUUAUAUAACAAGAGUUUCUAUUGGACGAUCCUUAUAUGGUCAAAGGACUUUUACAACACAGGCCAUUAAGGCUGUGAUGAGACUUGCAAGAGUUCGAUACUUUAUUAUUGGUUCUGUUGGUGCUGGUGCUGUCAGCGCUAAACUGACAUAUAAUUCGUGGAAAGACAAGUGGAUCCAGUUCCAGGAAAAAAUACCAGAUUUAAGCUGGUUAAAAAACAUCUUGCCAGAUAAAGAAAGUUUAUUAGGAGAUUUUUUAUCAAGUACUUUAGAUGAAGGUGUGGAAUCAUUUAAUAAUAUGUUUGAUCGACUUGGAGUUGUAAUUGAUGAUUUAUUUGCAUCAGAAGCAAGUCCAGUAGUUACAGCAGCCGUCAAACAAGAUCAAAAUACAGAAGAUACAGAUGAAAAGCCACGACAGUCCAAAACUCCAAUGGAAAAGAUGCAUGAUCGUUUAGAGAAAUCACAAGAUGAACUCAUCAACCUACAGCAACGCUACCAAAGAGAAAUAGAAAAACUAGAAAAAGAUAAUCGUGAGCUGAGAAAACAGUUGAUCAUUCUAAAAGGUGACACUGUUACAAAGCCAAGACAUGUUCGAAAAUCCUUGAUUGACAUGUACUCUGAUGUUUUGGAUUUGCUUGCUGAAUAUGAUGCUAACUAUAAUACUACUGAUAACCUACCAAGGGUGGUGGUUGUUGGUGAUCAGAGUGCAGGAAAGACCAGUGUUCUUGAGAUGGUUGCUCAAGCUAGAAUAUUCCCAAGGGGAUCUGGACAAAUGAUGACAAGAUCUCCAGUCAUGGUGACAUUAAGCGAAGGACCUGAACAUAUAGCACAGUUUAAAGACCAUUCCAGACAGUAUGACCUCACACAGGAGAAUGAGCUGCAUGAUUUACGACAAGAAGUUGAACUCCGCAUGAAGAACAGCGUAAAGAAGGGACAAACUGUGAGCCCAGAGGUGAUUUCUAUGACUGUCAAAGGACCUGGACUUCAUCGUAUGGUCUUGGUAGAUUUACCAGGAAUUAUUGGAACUGAAACCACAGGAAUGGCACAGAACACAAAAGAUAAUAUUGUUGAAAUAAGCAGGCGUUAUAUGCAAAACCCCAAUGCAAUCAUCCUCUGUAUCCAAGAUGGAUCAAUAGAUGCUGAGCGUAGUAAUGUCACUGACUUGGUGAGUUCUAUGGACCCACAAGGAAAGAGAACCAUCUUUGUUCUCACCAAGGUUGACUUGGCUGAAAAGAAUGAAGCAAGUCCCAGCAGAAUCAAGCAGAUUCUUGAAGGCAGAUUGUUUCCUAUGAAAGCACUUGGAUACUUUGCUGUUGUUACUGGAAGUGGCAAUACGCGAGAAAGCAUUGACAGCAUCCGUGAUACAGAAGAAGAGUUUUUCCAAAACUCAAAAUUCUUUAAAUCUGGAAUAUUCAAAGCCAGUCAGAUGACGACACAGAAUCUCAGCUUUGCUGUUUCUCAUUGUUUCUGGAAAAUGGUCAAAGAAUCCAUUGAACAGCAAGCAGAUGCAUAUAAAGCUAAAAAGUUUAACCUGGAAACAGAGUGGAAGAACCACUUCCCAAAACUACGAGAACUAGACAGAAGUGAACUGUUUGACAAAGCUCGUGGAGAACUUUUGGAUGAGGUAUUGAGUCUGAGUGACAUUAGUCCUCAACAAUGGGAAGAGAUCUUAUCUUCACGGCUAUGGGAGAAAGUAUCGCCACAUUUUAUUGAAGAAAUCUACUUGCCAGCUGCUCAGACUAGCGGUGCUAACAACUUCAACACUAAAGUUGACAUUAAGCUGAAACAAUGGGCUGAUAGACUGUUGCCACAAAUGUCUGUUGAGGUUGGCUGGCACACUUUAUUCAAUGAAUUUGAUAAAGCUAUGCAGGCAACUAAAGAUGCUAAAAUGACAAGAGAGAAUCAUGUCCACUUGUUUGAGGACUUGAAGGGAGAAGUGGCCAAUGAAUGCAAGAAGACUCACCAAUGGCAGCCAAAGGCUAAAGACAGCUUGAGUGUAAUCCAGCUGACUGCUUUAGAGGACUGGUCUGUWACUGAUAARCUACAAUGGGAAGCAGCUAUCAAAUUUAUGGAAAAAACACUCCAAGAAAAACUAGAUCAAGCUAACGGUAAAAUGCAUGAGUUACUGGGUCCYGGUGUGUGGGAGAGAUGGCUUUAUUGGCAGUAUCGCUCUCAAGAAGAGAUAAAUCGUUCUUACAUCAAAGAAGAACUUCAGAGACUUCUACAGGCCCAUGAGGAUCAUGAACCAUCUUUAUCAAGUGAUGAGGUCACUACAGUUCGCAAGAAUCUUGAYACCGUUAGUAUUCAAGUUGAUAAAGAUUUGAUUGAGGAGACCUGGACACAACUUUACAGAGAGCACUUUUUGAAGAGAUCAAUUGCUUCUGCAAGAGAGUGCAGUGGGGCCUUUACCAGAAGAGAUCUAGCUAAAAAUGAAUUACAAUGCAAUGAUGUUGUGUUAUUCUGGAGAAUCCAAAAGAUGUUGCAAACAACAAGCAAUGCUCUUCGACAGCAAAUUAUGAAUCAAGAAGCACGACGUCUUGAGAAAGAAGUUAAAGAUGUCUUGGAUGACAUAGCUCACAAUCAACAAGACAAAGAGAAGUUAAUAACUGGUCGACAAGUGGAGCUUGCAGAAGAACUAAAGCGUGUUCGUCAUAUACAGGAAAGUCUUGAGAUGUUUAUCGAGGCAUUGAAUAAAGAAAAAUAGACAACUUACUUAUCAAGGAAAAUAAAAUGUUGAGGGUCUUAAAG